GCAAAUACAUGUCUAGAGAAAGACGAUUUUUAUGAAUUCGCUAAACCUUGGUUGGGUGAAGGACUCGUCACUGGCAAGGGUAAGAACAACAGAAAUAAUAGAGCAUUUCUCGCACCACCCACUGUGUGUGCCUUUGUCUUCUUAGUAACUGCAUUGGGAGUAGACUUUGGUGAUCAUACUCUCUUAAACAGUAAGUAUGUGCAAGCGACCGAAGAGAUUUUAUAUACAAUGGUGGACCGCUUCCAGAAGUUCUGGCUUCACAGUUCUAGUACUUUCAAAUGGAGUGAGGUUAAAAGGACUCAAGACAGAUGCCUCAAGAUCUUACACAAUAUGUCUAAUACGGUAAUUUUACGAAUUAAGUUUAAACCUUUUAUGGAUUUGCUACUAGAAUUAUCAAUCGAAAAAGGUGUCUUUAACGACAGAGAGAUCAGGGAACAUGUCGACACUAUGAUAGUAGGAGGCCAUGACACCUCUGCUAAUGUAUUAAUGUUCACUUUAUUGUUGCUGGGAUCACAUCCAGAGGCCCAAGAGAAGGCUUUCCGGAGGAUUGAAGAAGUGUUUGGAGGAUCAGACAGGGACGUCGAGAAACAAGAUAUAUCUAAACUGGUCUAUCUAGAGGCUGUAUUGAAGGAGAGUAUACGAAUGUACACCAUAGUGCCAGUGCUGGCAAGGAAACUGGACAGAAAUGUGUCGCUGAGUAAGAUUAUUUUUUCAGAAAAAUAUACAUUAGCCGCUGGCAGAACCUGCUUCAUGUUUUUGUUUGGUAUCCACAAGCAUCCUAUGUGGGGUCCGGACGCUGAUCAGUUCAAUCCGGACAGAUGGCUGAGCCCGGACACAUUACCGGACAACCAGAACUGUUUUGUAGGCUUCAGUUUGGGCAGGCGAAUGUGUAUAGGUAAGCAUUAA